AUGACCAACGUUGAGAGCACGAGCCUGCCGGGCCCCACGAACACGCCGAGCGACGACUCCAAUAGCUCUGGCAGCAGCAGUAAUUCCUCCACAUCCACCGUUAAACCCGAAGCCUCUCCGCCCACCGUCCACUCGUUUCCUCCACCCAAGAACGACAAGCCCCGGCCUCACAUCUGCACAACAUGCACGCGUUCUUUUGCGCGACUAGAACAUUUGAAGAGACACGAGCGAUCACAUACAAAAGAAAAGCCAUUCGAGUGCCCGCAAUGCACAAGAUGCUUUGCACGGCGCGACCUGCUCCUGCGCCACCAGCAAAAGCUCCACCAGCAGGGCGCGACUUCUGCCCGCCCCCGCACUGGACGUAGAGAAAGCACAACAGGCCUUCCAUCCAACGCCACUGCCCGAGUACGCAAAAACUCGGUAUCGAGCAACGCUGGUGGCGCCGUCGCCAAGACCAUGAGGCCGCGCGCCAAUACCAUCAGUCACAUCGAUCCCAACUCAUUCAGCAGCUUCCUCGCAUCUUCGGUGCCAGUAAACAGGGGAGGUGUUCCUGGUCACUCACAUCACUCAAGUCUUUCUGGUAUCAGUCAGUUUGACUACCGGGGCAUGUCCACGUCCAUGGGCAACCACGGACAAGCUCAGCCCCUGCCGAGACUGGACACCCAUGUUGGAUUUGGCAUGGGCGGAGGCCUUCGCACAGCUCCCAUCCCGGGCAUGGCUGGACCUGAUGACCGUGAACUUGAAAAAUUCUUUGGAACAUCGACCUCUACCAUUAACCCCAACCAGUUGCAUCACUUCAACGCCAGCGUCGGAAUCCCCGCGUCGCCCUUCAAACGAUUUGCAAACCCGUUUGCUGGGAACAACCCGAUCGAGGAGGACGAUUUUGGCUGGGGCAUGGGUAUGGACAACUCCAUGAUGUUUUCGGGGGCAAACGAGUCGGCACUGGAUGGCUCAUCGCCAUCAGCGAUAAGUACUGCGAGCCAAGGUGCCUUCCAUGACAUGAUGCUAGAUGGCUCCAGCCAGCCAAACUCGGCAGCCAUGUGGCACAAUCCUCUGGUGACGCAUACGAGCAUUGACACCACAGCCUUCUCCCUCGAAGCCAUGGCUCCGGUCUUUCCUGAGCUCAUGAUGAACACUGGCACCUCACAGGAACUUGGCGAUCAGGGUGUUCAGAAUGAUUUCUACACCUCUACACCACCCCCUCUAGUGGCCAUGAGCCCUUCAGCUGGAAUACCCGGUAUGCCGAACCAGUAUUUUCAGACGCCCAUGACAUUCGCUUCUGAUGCCAACAGCAUAUCAUCAUCCUCUAUCAAUGGCAGCGCAGGGCACAGCUCCGUUUCCUCAUUUUCCACUGAAACAAUCACAGAGUCUACAAGGCAAGCUUUGAUGCACAACUUGAGUCAAGCCAUGGGCUACGGCCAAAUACCUCAACGAAGGUUCUCCCAGCCAGCCAUCAGCUCGCCUCUGUCCUCAAACGGGACUAACAAGCAUUCAAAUCUGGCUGGCCUACUGCCCAGUACUUUCGACAUUCAGCGAUAUGUGAACGCCUACAUACAAUACUUCCAUCCACAUAUGCCUUUCCUACACAUUCCAACACUAUCUUUCGAUACUCCAGCGUAUACAUAUCAGCUCCGCACUGCUGGCACAUUCAGCCAAGACACCAUGGUUGGGGGAGGUGGUUGUUUAAUUCUUGCAAUGUCCGCUAUUGGAGCCCUAUACGAAUUUGAGCAAAACGUAGCCAAAGACUUGUUCGAGGCAGCAAAGAAGCUGAUUCUCUUCUAUCUUGACGAGCGCCGCAAAGCCGGUCUGUCCGCUGUCAAUGGACCUAGUGCUGCCAAUGAUAACAUCAACAAACCACCCUUGUGGCUGGUCCAGGCCAUGCUACUCAAUCUCAUCUUUGGACUCAACUGUGGCGACCGACAGGCUGCAGAGGUCGCAAGCACACAUUGUGCCGCCCUCGUGAGCCUAGCAAAAGCUGCAGGCUUGGACAAGCCUACUCCUCCAGAGCAGACUAUGCCCAGCCCCCCAAGUAAUACCAAUGGGGAUUUCAACAUGUCGGAUGAUUCGAAUCCGUCUCUUGAUCAACAAAAGGAUACCGUAGAUGAGCACACACAAUGGAUACAAUGGAAGAAGGCUGAAGAGCGCAAGCGAACCUACUUUGCCAUCUUUUCAAUGUCAAGCUUACUUGUUUCGGCAUACGCACACUCACCUCGGAUUCUGAAUUCGGAGAUCCAUCUGGAUCUGCCUUGUGAAGAGGAUCUCUGGUCCGUCGACAACGCUCAAGCGUGGGUAGCAAUGGGAGGGCCGAUGCUUGCGCAAACCCGGGGCUUGUCCUUCAUUACCGCAAUGACGUACCUCCUUGAAGCUAGUACACGACAAUCAACCUCAAGAAUGCGCAAUGCCUACCCAAAUACCUUUUCAGGAGGCCAAACUGUCAACACCCUUUCUGAGAGCGAUAUUCGGCCGAGCACUUUCGGUUGCUACGUGCUGAUAAACGCGAUGCACGUCUACAUUUGGGAGACGAGGAACAGACACAACGGUCGCUUGUGGAAAGCCCAUGAGACAGAAGCUAUGCAUGCGCAAGUCGAGCCUGCUCUCAAGGCUUGGCAAGUUGCUUGGAGAGCCAAUCCAAACCACAGCAUCGAGCGACAGAGUCCCUUUGGGCCUUUGGCUGCUGACUGCAUACCGCUGCUGGACCUUGCCUAUGUGAGGCUUUUUGUAAAUCUUGGUCGAGCAAAGGAGCUUCUGUGGCAACGUGACUUUGAUGGCAUGGCAAAUGAAUUGGCCAGAGGUGUCGAUGUUGUAGGUCAAACGGAAGAUUCACCUGAACGGUCCUCUUCUCUGGACCUAAGUCAGACGGCUUCUCCGGGUCAAAUGAGCUCGCAGGACCAAAUCAGCCCUGGAAACAGUGGUAAUGGUCUUCCCAACAGUGCUUCUUCGAAACGCGAGAGGCAUCUGCGCAAGGCUGCCUUCUAUGCCGCCGACUCUCUCUCCAUGUCGUAUAAGCUAAACUCCUCAUUCGCCGACUUCACAGCCAGGGAAUUGCCCAACUCGUCUGCAUUAUGCAUAUUCGACUGCGCACAGGUCCUGGCCGAAUGGGUUGCAACCCUUCAAGACCGUGUCGGACGCUAUCUCGGAGUAUUGGGCAGAGAUGAAGUCAACUUCUCAGAAGUACCAGCCAUCUUGCUACUCGAAGAGGAAGAUGUGAAGCUCUUACAGAAGAUUGCAGACAUUCUUCAUCACGCAGAUAUGAAGCUGGCCUACGAUAUCUCCUCAAACAAUAUGUCGAUGCUAGGUGGUCUUUCAAACCUGGGACAUUGCGGCUAUGGUACCAAGCUACUGAUGGUGACGGCCUAUAUGCUGUCCAAGUCAGUUGUCUGGCCUGUCACUCAUAUUCAAGCACGUGCUCUCGAAGCACACGCUCAUCAUAUCAGCCAACGUGCAGAAAACUCUACCAUUCAGUAA